AUGGCUUCACGAGUGGUGUUCUCAAGGCGCUCUUUGGCGCCUUUCGCAACCAUGGCCCUCGGUGGCAUGGCACUGACUCCAGCCACUGUUUUCGCCGAAGGACCUAGCGACCUCAAGCGAAAACCCAUUUACGACGACUUCGAGAUCCCAGCUCCAAAGCCCUCACCUGUGACACCACCACCCGCUGUUACGCCGCCCGCUGAGCCGAUCGAACAAGAGGAGGAGCAGAGGCACCACUCGCCCACUCCUACGGACCGUUUAGCUGUUUACGUUGGAAUGGGACGCUUGUCUCUGUACAAGUACGCUGUUGCUGCUGAGAACAAGGUCAACGAGACCAUGGAUUCAGCCUUCAACCUCGAGCAGUCUUUCACCAGCACCAUCGCUUCGCUGGCUCCCUCUCGCGAAAGCGGCGAACAGCUCAUGCCUGGCGCUAUCUACGUUUUGGUUGCUGCCAUGGCGGGUAGCAUCAUCACCCGCAAUCGCAAUAUCAUCCUCCGCGCAUCGCUUCCUCUUGCCCUGGGUAUCGGUGCCGGCUGGACUGUUAUCCCCGUUACCAUGCGCAACAUCUCUGAUCUUACUUGGAAGUAUGAGCAGAGAUUCCCUGUUGUUGCUCAGUCUCACAUCCGACUUCGGGAGAGCAUCCUCAACAGCGCCAGCUUUGCUAAGGCGCAUUCACAAGUUGGCGUGAAAUACGUCGAUGAGAAGGUGACAGACGCGAGGGAAGCCGUCGAGGGCUGGGUUCAGAAGGGCAAAUAA